GUAAAUACACCAAGACUCUUCCCAAAUUCUGGGGGUUUCCCUGCCCUAUGGACACAAGAGUAAAACAGCUAGAAAACACCCGCUCCUUUAAAAUGUUUUUUAAUUUCAAAAGUUCUCAUAGCCAAUUGCUGUAUUUAUAUUCGUGUCAUACACAUUACUGUGAGUCAGAGGAUGGUCUGACAGAGGACAGACGAAGGUCGCAGCUCAGGACUCUGACUGAGGAAGAGAAGGGCGUCGGGGAUCCCCGGAACGGGAAGGACGGGGUGCAGCUUCUGGCAUCCCUGUUUGCCCACACACACCAACUAACCGCCUGCCCGCGAGUUAGCGCCCCGCCGUCUGGGAGCCCUGCCUUGUUCUGCGCGUCCGCGAGGAAGGAAGAAAGGAGAGAGGGGGCUUCUACUUGCAUUUCGAGGCUCCUUGCCUGCCACUGCGCUCUCCCCAGUUCCCUCCUUGAGACACCCCCUCCCCUGCCCCCCAGACCUCCCAGGCCAUUCCCAGAGGACCUUCCUUCUGGGCCUCUCCUGCCACCUGGAGUCCAGGUGAGCGCUUCUCCCAGUGACAACUGCUUGGUCACUAGCUCUAAACCCCAGCCUCUCCUAAGCAGCCAUGGCAGAUCUCAUCCGUGCUCGCGUAAGGGAAGUAAGUGCCUCUGGUCCCAGGAGGAGAGGCAGGGGAAUCGGCAGGCCCGCUGCAGUGUCCUGUGCAGUGACAAGCUGGACCUGGCUCCUGCAAGCCAGCUGCUAAACAUGGGGCGACCUCAAGUCAGCGCGGUGAGCUCACUUACGCCCGAACCAGCAAACACGGCUCGGGCAUCGGCCCCGGCCCACACUCGCACCUGCUCUGGCUUUGCUGAGCCAGUUUGCCCUGGAGCCUGCAGCCCCUCCCGCAAGCUUCCUCUCCUUCUCAGCUCUCUGCCUUUUCUCUCCUCACAGAUGUGGGCAGCCUCUGUGCACCAAGACCCGGGGAACCUUCCCUCCCAUCCAGAUAAUAUCCCCAGCGAUAGAAGAUGGAUUUAACCAAGGACAAAAAAGCAGAGCUCUCAAUACGAAAACGCUUUUCGUUUUUUCUCCCUCUCCUCCCAAUAAAAGAUACACAGGGCACGUGAAGUCCUUUCAGCGAUAGAUUAACAAUGGAGAGAUUUUGAAAUGCUGUUUAUUUUUCCAGUCAAAAUCUUCCCCGUCUUAUUAUUUUAAGAAAGUACGAUUGUAACUGAAAAGUAUUUCCCUAUCCGGUUGAAUGUUAAGGAUCCUGCCAGAUAAGGGAAAAACAAGGCCCCCCCAAAGGAAGCAUUUUUCGGGGAUUUUCCAGCACUGUCGAGAAGGGAAGAGGUUUGUGUUUUUCAAAGUACCUGUUUCAUGAUCUGACAGGCCCAAGAGAAAUAACAGAAUUGUGUUGCUGGCCCGAAAAUCAGGCAAGCACACACAAACAGGCCUCGGUAACUGGGUCACAGCACCAGCCCCUGGGAGACCACAGCCAAAGUCAGUCCCUCUUUCCCUUGUAACGUCCAGUGAGGCCGACGUGCCACACUGGCAGCCUUUCCUGUGUCAUUUACAGGUACUGUUAGCAAAUCACAGCUCCGCGGGCACUCAGACGGGAUUUCUCAGCAGCCUACGAAGCGCACACACUGAGUCUGGCCCCGUUCUGCAAAGGUUUCCGUAACGCUGAAGACCUUUUUUCCCCUCUUAACACGUUUCUUCCACGAGUGCUUCCCCAAGUCGUGCUGCGUCGUCGUGUCAUAAUGAAGACUCGUUAACUCAAUUAGCAGAGGGGUCUCAGCCCCUCCCAUGUGCCCGGCCGCUGGCUGGGUGCUGGGCACCCAGCUGAGGACAUGACCUGUGACCUGAGGUGGCUCACAGUCUGAUGAGAGACAUGCUCAGAGGUACUUUCUAGAUGUUAUGAGAAAACAGAUGGUGGCCGCCACACCCAAAUACCCCAAGAAAAUCCCCGUCAGACACUUAACUCCAGAGGGACUUUCUGGAGAAGCUUCUGUCUUCCGCGCUGGACAACCAGCCUGAGGACAGCCUAACUCUCCUUGACUCGUUUUUGUGUCCAUAACAUCAACCACAGUGUCUGAAACGUAUUUGUUAAAUGACUGAGAGGACUCGGGGGGAUGUGAUUAUCAAAAAAUGCUAUAGCUCUUCAGCCGGAAAGAGAGUUCUUCCCGGUAACUUAAGAGAACAGGGAGUGAGGAAGGUCCUCUGCGAAUGGCCUGGAGGUUUCGGGGGGAUGCCUGUCAGGGAGGGGCUCGGGCAGAGCACAGUGGCAGGGAAGGAGCCUCGACAUGUAAGUUGGGCUAAAUCAGGAAGGGUACCCAGUACACUGAAACCGAGAGAUAAGCGCCCCGCGAUUCCUUGGUUUCCGAUGUAAAGUGCGUGACGGUCGGCUCCCCUCCUCUGCGCAUCUCGUGCUUUCAAAUAGAUUAGCUUCCGUAGAAGAAAGAGGAGGUGGAGGGAAGGAGGAGCCACGUGACCAAGAAGGUGGCGGGUGGGUCCCUGUGUCCCAAUAUUCCCCAACAUUGAAAGACCAGGCUGAUGUUCGAAAAUGAACGCCAAUUAACCAGGAGAUUCCGGGAAUCACCAGUGCUGGUCCGGGAAGACGCAGCCAACCAAAGGACCCAGCCUCAUCCCCAGUGAGAUCAAGCCCAGAGCGAGUGACCUCCACGGGAUGGCACCAAGAGCCGUGAUGAAGGAUGUAUUUGAGUCCCACAGAAGAAUGCUUGGCAGUGCCGACCAGUCAGAGGGCCGGGAACCCUCCAUCGGCUCGCUAAUCUCACACCACCACCACCCUGUGUAUUCCACGGCAAAAAUGUUGUGACUUCAAGUAUUGCCUUAUGGAGGGGUUUUUCUGGACUAAGGAAUUUCAUAGAAGCUAUGCAGCUUUAAAGCUUCAGUUUCAUGAAGAGAUUUUCAUUUAGAAAAGUCCUUCUAAAUUCUGUCAGAGUGUGGAUUUAUGAGACACAGGAGAGGACCAGGCUGGACUUGGAGAGACCAAUUAAGAAGCAGCUAAAAAAAAAAAAAAAAAAAAAAAAAAAAAAGCAGCAGCUAAAAUGAUAGUGGAGAAGAUACAGUGAGACUCUGAAUCCGGGUAGUAGCGGUGCAGCUCAGAAGGGGGCACAUUUAAGACAUCUUGGCGGGGAACCUGCCCAACAACUGAGUUUCUUCUGUUUUCCUUUUCAGGAAUGUGUGAACACUACUUCCUGACAGCAACUCCAUGUAUUUGCUUCACAGAGCCAGUCAGCAGUUCUAAGAAAGCACUGCGUGUUGCAUUUGUUAACUUCAUUGAGAAAUGAUGGGGACCUUGGUGACCGUCUCCACCUUUGUUAACAGAAAAUACCACCACCGGCUUUGAGCAUCGCCCACUAAUCCCUCAAAGAGCAACCUCCAAACAGAUGUCUGUACUGAAGAUUUGGUGGGUUCCUACGUGAAAAGGCGGUUGAUUUAAUUGUCCAGCUCAGCGUUUCUCAACAGCAGCACUAUUGACAUUUGGGGCCAGAUGACCCUUCCUUGAAGGGGCCGCCCGGUGCACUGUAGGACAGAGGCAGGAGAGAGACGGGCCCCAAGCUAGGCAUUUACCACUGGCCUCCUGUUUACAUUUCAUGGGGCAGGAAAAAGUGGGCUUCAGGCCGGACACUUACAACUAGCCUUCUGUUUGCAUUUCCUGAGAGGGGAGAUAGAUGGGCUCCAGCUUAGACAUUUACAAUCAGCCUCCUGUUUGCUCUCCGAAGUGGAAGUAACAACAGAAACAGGGUAAAUAGCCAGGCUUUGUCUCCUGUGGACGCCCUAAGAUAACAAUCAUGGCAGGAGCAGAGAGGGGCUAACGUUGUUUGAGUAAUAGAUCAACAGGUCACAUAAUUCCCAUCCUUGGGGCAAGGGAGACGCUGCACAUGCACAGAAAGGCUGCUUGGGGGUCAAAAAGGAGGGGGCACCACCCCAGAAUAGGUGAUGCUAAGGCCGUCCCAUAGGCCUCUGGGCUGAAAUCCCAUCUUGGAAAAAAAGUUGGGCACGCAUGCUGGGGAGGGUCCUAGGGCAGGGCAGGUGUGGAAAAAGAAACCAGGUAACUGGCCAAAGGGGAACAGAGACCCGGAAGAGCUGCCCUAUGUGAAUGACUUCACCGCCUCCUUACUGGGCUCCUCCUCACUAGGGGGGACGCCCACACCCUUGCUCCCCGGGUGUGCAUCUCUGCCCUGCUUCUGUCUUAACUAAACAAACUGUUUCUCUGUGUGCUCUCCCAC